UGUCGGUGGAGGUCUUAAGCGACUUUGGUCCCAUGGCCAACACCCCAUCGCCCCACCCCUCCAUCAUCACCCACCUACAGCCGUUCCCGAAAGUCUCAGCGGUGGCCCCAGAGCUGCGUGUCUGGAGCGACUUGGGUGGUGCUGCUGCCCGGCUGUUUGCCAGCAAGAUGCCCAAGGAGGUGGGGGAUGUACACAGCGACCCUUUGUCGGAUGGGGAGAAGGUGGGAGUGCUGACGGCGCUGGGGAGUGAGAGGGAGGUGAAUACGGUGCGGAUGAGGCAGGAAACCGUCGACCAGCUAGUGGGGGCGGCCGACGCAUUUCCAACCAUCAAGACACUAUGUCUCUAUCUGACACGUACGCCGAGAGAAGUGGGUAAGUGUGUCCUUCCGUCCUCAUUUCCGCCUUGUGUUCCCUCCCCUUCAGUGCGUGACGGUGUGGAGGCCCAGUCAGAUGAAGCCCAGAUCCAGAGAGGCCGCGGACGUGGACGCGGUAGAGGCCGAGGCCGCGGACGUGGACGCGGCAGAGGCCGAGGUCGCGGAGGUCGAGGUCGUGGAGGCCGAGGCGGCUUCGCUCAACCAAUCAACGAUGCGGGCAGCUUCGUCCGCGACCGCCUCUCAUCGGUGACCUCGCGCAUCAGGGACAUGCAGUCUGUGCAGUGUGUGGAGCUGAGAGUCGACGGGAUGACAGCUGAGCAGCAGGCUUCCAUCGAAGCCUCCAUUCCUGUCAGCACCAACAACAUCAACGGCUUCGUCACACGCACCGACAUCAGACAUGAUAACUAUGGGGAUGGCAUUGUGGAGAGAUGGGUGAUAAUAACUGCAGUUCGCAAUGCCUGAAGGUGAGGGAAUGGGCCUGAUUGGACUGAUUGUGUGACCAUCUUCGCAUCUCCUGUGUGCUCUGUGUGCGUGUGUGUGUGUGUGUUUGACGACUGGCUCGGUAGUGGUCAGAUUGACGGACAGGGGCUGGGGCUGAUACUGGUGUGUAAAUGAAUAUUGGCAAAGAGUGGGAGUGUACUUAGUCAGACCUUGACAGGCAUGAAGGGGGGGCGGGAGAUGGGAAUGGAUACACAUCGAUGGACGUGAACGUGGCUUUUGAUCGAUAGACUGACUGACUGCUUGUUUGCCUUCUGUACUCGGCAUCUGGCCGUGCCGUGCCGUGUGGCUCACCGAGACUCUCGUGCAUCAUUUC